CCCUGGCCCCCAGUUCCCACCCGGUCCGCCCGGCUCAGCCAUGAUCAAGGCCAUCCUCAUCUUUAACAACCACGGGAAGCCGCGGCUCUCCAAGUUCUACCAGCCCUACAGUGAAGAUACACAACAGCAAAUCAUCAGGGAGACAUUCCAUUUGGUAUCUAAGAGAGAUGAAAAUGUUUGUAAUUUCCUAGAAGGAGGAUUAUUAAUCGGAGGAUCUGACAACAAACUGAUUUAUAGACAUUAUGCAACAUUAUAUUUUGUCUUCUGUGUGGAUUCUUCAGAAAGUGAACUUGGCAUUUUAGAUCUAAUUCAAGUAUUUGUGGAAACAUUAGACAAGUGUUUUGAAAACGUCUGUGAACUGGAUUUAAUUUUCCAUGUAGACAAGGUUCACAAUAUUCUUGCAGAAAUGGUGAUGGGGGGAAUGGUACUGGAGACCAACAUGAAUGAGAUUGUUACACAAAUUGAUGCACAAAAUAAACUGGAGAAAUCUGAGCUAAUAGUUUACACUGGCCUAUUUUGUAUCAGUCAAGAUUUUUCUCAGGCUGGCUUAGCAGGAGCUCCAGCCCGUGCUGUAUCAGCUGUAAAGAAUAUGAAUCUUCCUGAGAUCCCAAGAAAUAUUAACAUUGGUGACAUCAGUAUAAAAGUGCCAAACCUGCCCUCUUUUAAAUAAAAAACUAAAAAGGCCACUCCCAGGUAAAAUCCAGGGGGAAAAGUCAUCUAAGUUUACCAUGCAGUUGUUUACCAAAAAUAAAGGAGGAGAGUCUUAACUUUUACUCUUGGAUUUAAGUCAAGGUACUGUAUAGACGUUAUAUAAAAUCAGUAUGGAAGUUCAAUGUUGCUUUUCUUGCUCAGUGGUUUCGAAGAAAUUAAGUAGUUCCAGUGUGAUUUUUUUUUUCUUUAUUUUCUAAACUGCAUUCCUGUGGCCACGUAAGGCAUGCCUGUAUGUAUUGACUAUUACAGUAUUUUGAAAAGUGUUCAGGACAUUUCUUUAAAUUGUGUACAACCCCAAAUGUUGGUGUUUUGUAUGGAUCACAAGUGCAGCAUUCCUUAAUAAUUUCUGUUAUUUGUCACAAUUGUUAUUUAAAGAACGAAGUAUGUAUUGCAUGAAAACAUUAUGACCUAUUUCUCUUAGUUUAAAUAAACUUCAAGGUAACCGGACUUAUAAAGCACUGUUCUGUUUGCCUGAUAUCUACUUUAGCAAUAAUUUUUUUUACGACCCUCUGA